GGGCCCUCGGCCGCCUUGUCCCUGGGCCGGGCGGGCUCUGCGCUGAGCCGGCGGCCCCGCCCCGGCGCGAUGCUGUUCUCGCUGCGGGAGCUGGUCCAGUGGCUCGGCUUCGCCACCUUCGAGAUCUUCCUGCACCUCCUGGCCCUGCUGCUCUUCUCCGUCCUGCUCGUGCUGAAGGUGGACGGCGGCGGCGCGGAGCUGUCCUGGUGGAAAGUUUUCAUCCCCUUCUUCGCCGCCGACGGGCUGAGCACCUACUUCACCACCAUCGUCUCCGUGCGGCUGUUCCAGGACGGGGAGAAGCGCCUGGCCGUCCUGCGCCUCUUCUGGAUCCUCACCAUCCUGAGCCUCAAGUUCGUCUUUGAGAUGCUUUUGUGUCAGAAACUCGUGGAGCAGACCAGGGAGCUCUGGUACGGACUCAUCAUGUCCCCCAUCUUCAUCCUGCUCCAGCUCCUCAUGAUCCGAGCCUGCAGGGUAAACUGAAGACCCGGGGCACUGGGGACUUGCACCUCCCAUGGCAGUCAGAGGAGCACUGUCCCGCCGCUGAAGUAUUAACCCUCAACCGAAGCGUUAAUCGAGCUUUGCUGCUUAGGGUUUGGCAACUUUCUAGUCAUUCUCUUUGGCCGUAUAAGUCUGAGGUGUGAGAAGAAGCUUUUGUACUUUAUUAAAUUAUUACAUAAUAUUGGCCCUGUGUUUUCCCAAAAUAUAUAGUUAUGUUGUGUCAUUCAGCUAAGGGGCAUUUCACACCUUGUUGUUCAUGUUAAAAUGUCAUGAAAUGCAAACAUAACCUGCUCAUGUCACUUGUUUUGUAUUAAAAAUGUAUAGGUGA